AUGCGUUUCUCUCUUAUCGCGGUUUCACUGGCUGCUGCUGCCACGGCAGCUCCCAUGCCCAAUAACGACAUUGACAUCGAUGGGCUCGUCGGCGCAACCGCCGGCGUUGGUGCAGCCAUCAAGCGGAAUGCGGUGCCAGGGAGUGACUUUCAUGUCAGUCGACUCAAUGUCGUCGCGAGAGAUGACGAGGAUCUCAUCUCCGAUACCGAAGAUGCAUUCAGCAAACUCGCCGACAAGACGACCUCCAUUGCUGAAGCAGCCUCGAAGCGCAGCUCUGUUGCUGAGCAGAACACAGAGGAUAAUUUUAUUAGCCUUGGCAACGGUGCUCUUAGCGUCCGCGAUGCCGCUUCCGAAGAUUUCGUCGGAGUGAAGCGCGAUGAGAUCUCGGAUCUUGUAAAAGAGGUUGAUGAUCUCAGCAAGCUUCUCGGAAAGGACAAGCGCGAUGAGAUCUCGGAUCUUGUGAAAGAGGUUGAUGAUCUCAGCAAGCUUCUCGGAAAGGACAAGCGCGAUGAAAUCUCCGAUUAUGAGAGUGAUCUCAACGAUCUCGUCUCGGAGCUUGAGGGUCUUGCCAAACGCGACUCCAUCUAG